AUGGACAAAACUUCAAUGAAACGUGCAACAUCUCGAACCACAAACCGACACAUUAACAAAAAACAACAGCAACAAUCUGGUUUCAAAAAAUCCAAGAAAGAAAAACUAAGAACCUUGAGCUCAAUGGGUUGCAAUCUCGAUCAUCGUUCCAAUGAAUCUAUUUCCACCAACAAUAAGGUUUUCAAUGAAUGCAAUGGCGUUGAUCAUUCCUCUGUUCCCCGUAAGAUACGUUCAGCGAUGAAGAAGCGGGGUCGCGAAUCGAUUUUAACUGAUUCUGAAAAGCUGAAAUAUGGAAUGGAAUCUCCUCAAAAAGAUAGCAUAAAGAAAUUCAAAAAACAAGUUGUUCUUGGGCCCAUCACAGAAGAUGAACAAGAGGUUGCUGAGACUCUCUAUGCCUUGGCUGGAAUGUUUCCUACCAAUGAUGAGAAUGAACUAGACUGUGAAUCGUUACCGGAGAAAUUGUCGGGUUUGCAGGACCGAGACGAGAGUGCUAAUGUUAUUGAUCAAGGAGCUAAUGAGGAUGCUGAUGUUAUUGCUGAAAGUUCGUCUAAGGGAGCAGUGAAAAUUAGUUUUUUGAGGGAAACCGUUGAUGUUGAAGUUGAACAGAUUGAUUUACCCGGGGGCGUAGAUUUCUCGGUGGCAACUCACAAUACAGCUGCAAAAGUAAAUCUACAGGGCGUGCCUAUGAUGGUUAAGAGGAGUGACAAUGAUGUUAAAGCAGAAUUGCAUGACUCGGAGUUGUGUCUUGGAAUGGGAUUAAAUGCGUCUACACAAUCGGAAAUUUCACAUAUUGGGGGAAAACUAGACGUGGAGUAUGAGACGGCUGGUGGAAUUGAUUGUAAGCAAGAACAACAUAUAAUCAAGUACCGAAGAGAAAACGAAGGUCUAACAUUAUGGCCGGGCUCGUCGCUGAGGGCAUCUGCUACGUUUAAUGCCUCUUCUUCGCAGUCUUCUGCUGCUGCUAAAGCCCCACAUUGGUUGAAUGCUGCUAUUAGCAACUCCAAACAUGGUUUGAUGGAAAGUAGUUCUUCUGGUGGAAAGAUUUCCAAAACUGCCGUUCAUAAAAAGUCAUGGAAGAGUUGUGCAGCUCAUGUUCACAUCAGUCAACUCAUCCGGAGUUUAGAACUACCAAAACAACAGGUUGCCAAAGAACCCGAGCUUUAUGAAUGUGAUCCAAUCAGAGUACACCAAGGAUCAAAAUGUGGAGUUCUAACCGAAGCACAAAACUCAAAUAGGACGAGAAAUGGAAAUACUUUUACUGCCGGAACAGUUCAAUCUGCUAGUUUGAAGAAUUUCCCUGAAAAUAAAAAUGGUGUUGUUCAGCAGCAGUGCCAUUAUCUUGACAUAUCUCUGUCUCAGGCUUCUCCGACACCUGCGAAACAUGCUCCUCAAUCGCAAAGUUUCAACUUCUUGUCCUUGUCGUCUGGAUGUAACGAGUUGAAGGUUGAUGAAUGUUUAAUCAAAGGUGGAAGUAGGUCGGGACCAUUCUCAAAAUCACAAGUUCCUUAUUUUCGGUCUAUACAACAGCAGCACGGACUCAUGGCAGCAAUACCUACAACUUCAAAUCAGUAUACAUCCACUUCUUACCUUGAUCAGCUUCCUACGGCAGGACCACAGGUUCGGUUGCAGCAACCUCAUUAUUAUGGUACACCAUUAUGUGGAACUCAAUAUAGUUCGACAAAUUCAUAUAAACAGCAGUACCAAAACAUUUGGGCGGCGCAAUUAGUAACACAAGGUGGAUCUGGUGGCGUAAAUAGCAAUCUUAUGAGACUCCAAUAUCCUAACUGGCAAAGUGGAAGACAUGAAACUGGUGUAGUGAAUCCAGGUGUCCAAGUCAUGGUUCCUUACCAUUCCCUUGCAUCGCUAGAGUCACUUGGUUCCAAGAUAACUUCAAUCUCAGAUCAACAAUCCUUUACACCUCCUUCAUCUAUUCCGUUAUCAAGGACAAAUGGGCUAGAAGAAAUUAGAGGCAGGUUCCAUGGCAGCAGUGCCUCAUCGAUGCAGUUGCUGUGUGAUGAACGCAUCUGA